AUAUUUUAAAAGUGAAACGUGUGCCAUUUUUGUAUUAAAUUUAAGAUGUCAACACUUGGUUGGACAGUGACCACGUGGAAAAAAAAUCAGCUAGCGGCCACAAAUGAAGAAGGAUUACAACGAAUCUUGCACUUAAUCGAAACUCAAAAAAAAGACGAUCCAGCUUGGAUUACAAUUGCAUCAGAUGAUGAUAUCAAAUCACAAUGGAAUGUUUUACAAAGAACUAGCCAGAUUAUGGGAGGAUCAAAAAAUAUCCCACUAUAUGGUGUCCCAUUUGCUGUGAAAGACAAUAUUGAUGUCAAAGAAUUUCCAACGACUGCUGCUUGUCCAGAAUUCAAAUAUCAACCGAAAGAAGAUAGUUAUGUUGUAAAAUUACUAAAAUCAGCUGGCGCUAUAGUCAUUGGAAAAACAAAUUUAGAUCAAUUUGCAACUGGAUUAGUGGGAACAAGAUCUCCAUAUGGGCAACCAUCAUGUGCUUUUUCAGAAUUGCAUGUAUCAGGUGGUUCAUCUUCUGGGUCCGCAUCGGUAACUGCCCGAGGAAUUGUACCGUUUGCGUUGGGCACUGAUACUGCUGGUUCAGGUCGAGUACCGGCACAUUUAAACAAUUUAAUUGGUGUGAAACCAUCCAGGGGUAUCGUGAGCACAAGUGGAGUUGUACCUGCAUGCCGAACAUUAGAUUGCGUUUCAAUAUUUACAUUAUGUUUAUCCGAUGCGGAACUUCUACUCGAAAUCGUUGCACAAUAUGAUAAAAACGAUCCAUAUUCUAGACAAUUACCAAAUCCAAUUCGUAGAAAAUUCGAAAAUUCGACGGAAAAAAAUCUAAAAUUUGCUGUACCCGCUUCGCCACUUUGGUUUGACGAUACAAAAAAUGCUGAAGUAUUCGAUUCAGCUUUAAAUACACUGAAAUCGUGUGGUAUUCAAAUAGUUCCAGUGGAUUUUACACCAUUACAUGAUUUAGGAAAUUUAUUAUACGAAGGAGCUUGGGUUGCUGAACGAUAUACGGUGGUCAAAGAUUUAAUUCGAACGAUACCAGAAGCAAUAGAUGAAACUGUUCGAAAAAUUAUAAAAAAUGCUGAAAAAUACACGGCUGCAGAUUGUUUUGAAUAUGAAUAUCGUCGACAAGAAUUGAUACGGAAAAUCGAAGAAGUAUUCUCAAAAUUUGAUGGUUUAAUUGCGCCAACAGCUCCAUUAAAUCCAACCUUUGAAGAUGUAAAAAAAGAACCAAUUCUUGUGAAUAGUCGACAAGGAACUUACACGAAUUUCGUCAAUUUAAAUGACAUGUCUGCGAUAGCAAUUCCCGCCGGAUUUCGAUCGGAUAAUUUACCAUUUGGAAUCACAUUAUAUUCGAAAAAAUUCAAUGAUUUUGCAUUGCUUGAAAUAGCAGAACGAUUUUUACGUAAAUUCCCAAAACGAAAAUUAGGUUUAAAUUUUAAUAGCUUACCUGAAUGUGACCAAUUAAAAGGCCCUGAAAAAACAAUUCCCUUAGCUGUUGUAGGAGCACAUUUAUCUGGAAUGCCCUUAAAUUAUCAAUUAACUCAAAUUAAUGCAAAAUUAUGGAAGAAAACUAAAACUUCCGCAAGGUAUGAAUUAUAUGCUUUAGAAGGUACAGCACCACGAAAACCAGGUUUAGUUCGUGUUAAAAACGGUGCAAAAAUCGAAAUUGAAGUGUGGGAUGUACCAAAAGAACAGUUUGGAACUUUUAUUGAAAAUGUAUCGGCACCGUUAGGUAUUGGAACUGUCGAAUUAGAAGAUAGUACAUCUGUACAUGGUUUUAUUUGUGAACCGAUUGGAAUUGAGAAUGCAACAAAUAUUACGAAAUUUGGUGGUUGGCGAUCUUAUAUUCAAAGUUUAUAAUAUAUUCAAAGUAGAUAUUUAUGUAAUCAAUAAUACAGGGCCCGAUUAAGUAUUCAGAGGAUCCCACCCAAAAAUAUAUGCAAUUAAUAAAUUAUAUUUUUUUUAA